GCCGUUUUACUGCUUUUUAGGUUGGUGUUUUUGCUUUAUUUCAACAAAAUUUUGCUUCUCAUAUAAUAUUAUUUGUCAUAUUUUAAAAUUUUCCAGUUAUUGACUGACUCUUUUGGCAUUCGCUGAAUCUACAACGUUUGGCGGCAGCGCUAGGAAUUAACAAGCUGGAUCUUGUUGGACUACUGUGCUGUUAGUCACAGUUAGUGUUGCAAAUUGUGAAUUGCUGCUGAUGUGAAUCUGCAAUCUGUAGUUUGCCAGUUGCAAGCCAGAGGUCUCGAUCUUUUGGUGUUCGUUGAUCCAAAACCGCGCUCGCUUGCGUUUCCGAUAGUCUGAAAAUAGCAUGAUUGGAAGUGCGUUAAGUGUCAUGGCUAGACUGCGUGUGAAUGUGGUAGUGCAUGACGAUGAAUUGGCGUUGGAUGUCGCGGAAAGUGAUCGGGAUGCUUCCGUCAGCAGAUGAUUAUUGCUCCGUUUUUUGCUGUGAAUCGCCUUUAUAUAUGUACAAGUGCGCUGUGUUGGCUUUUUGGGAAACCCAAGCACCCGGCCCUGGAUGUAUAAAAGCAGCGCCCUUGCAUUUCGUGAAUCUCGCUGACUGCUGGCGCAGGUGCAGCUCGAAACAGCUCAGUCAAUUUGUUCAACAUUUGCAUCUGUGGGGAUUUUUGCCAUUUUGCUCCUUCCUUCACUUGCGGUUACAUUUUCCAGAUAUUUUGCAGAAGCAAUGCCGGUGCCUGUGGAAUCGGAAGUGCCUCCGGAGAUCAUCGAUAACAGCCCGGACGAACAACCGGCCAUAUCUAUUAAUGAGGACACUUCCGGCUUCCAGCAGCGCUACAUUCUCAAGGAAGUGCUGGGUCGGGGCGCCUGCAGUGUGGUCAAGCGUUGCGUGGAGAAGCGCACACAAAAAGAAUUCGCCGUGAAGAUCGUGGAUCUGACCACCGAGAAUGCCACCGAAGCUGACGCCACGGAGGUCUACACGGCCACCAAGAACGAGAUCGCAAUCCUGCGCCUGCUGGCUGGUCAUCCACACAUAACGGAACUCCAUGAUGUAUUUGAGUCAGCCACUUUCAUUUUUUUGGUCUUUGAGCUGUGCCGCAAAGGGGAACUGUUCGAUCACAUGAACCAAGUGGUAACGCUAUCGGAAAAGCGCACCCGGAAGAUUAUGCAGCAGCUCCUGCAGGUGGUCGAUUUUAUGCACAAGAGGAAUGUCGUACACCGGGAUUUGAAGCCGGAGAAUAUUCUGUUGGAUGAUCAGCUGAACAUUAAAGUGACCGAUUUCGGGUUUGCGGCAAUUAUUCCCGAAGGAGAGACCGGGGGCUUUCGGGAUCUUUGUGGCACGCCGGGUUAUCUGGCGCCGGAAGUGCUCAAGGUGUCCAUGUAUCAGGGACAAUCGCCCUAUGGAAAGGAAGUGGACUUAUGGGCAUGUGGAGUGAUUAUGUAUACUCUUUUAGCCGGUUAUCCUCCCUUUUGGCACCGUCGUCAGAUGAUGAUGCUGCGACUGAUCAUGGAGGGUCAGUAUAGUUUCUCCGCUCCCGAAUGGGAGGAUGUGUCGGAAGGCCCGAAAGACGUAAUCCGCCAGCUGCUCGUCGUGGAUCCGGCCGCCCGUAUGACCGCCGAGCAAGCGCUGGCCCACUCCUUUUUCCAGAUCGGGACGUUCGUCCUGCAGACCAUUAGUCCGCGGCGGCGCAUGCGGCGCACCAUGCUGAUGGUCCGGUGUGCGGUGCGCAUCCACCGGCAGUUGGUGGUCAAACCGCAGACCAAAAUUCCGCUUUCCCAGAUCCAGCGGGAUCCCUAUCGGCAACGUGUCAUUCGUAAGGCAAUUGACGCGGCGGCUUUCAAGAUUUACGGACACUGGGUGCGCCGUGAUGAAGAACAGAACCGGGCGGCUAUGUUCCAGAAUUCAGUGAAGCUAGAGAUGAAAUUGCUGGUCAAGCCGGCUUUGUGAAUUUAUUCAGUCUGGCAUGGGAACGGCGACGGCCUUGCGUCAAGGUGAGAUUGAUCUGCCUGGUAUGUUGAUUUGUUAAUUCUUAAUGGUUUUAUCUACAAACUAGCUAUCUACGACUAUGACGCUGAUCUCUCUUGUACAGUGAUGCAAUAUUCUUACAUCGGCUCUUUUGUGAUCCAUGGCGCGUCUUGUUGACAUUUCAGUGUUGUUGUCUUUUUGCGACGUUUACAUUAUGUUGUACAAGGAAAACAUUGAAAAUAAUUGCGUUUCCGUUCACUUUUGUGAGAAUAAACUGAAUGCU